AUGUACGUACAACUGGCAUGGGGAAGGGCGCGUCCGGGCGCCUGGGACAAUCUGAGGGAGUUCUAUGUCGACAAGGUGAUUCCGUUCACCAUGGGAAUGCCGGGGCAGCAGGAGCGCCAACUCUGGCGCGGCGCGUCGGACCCCGACGAGAUGGGCUUCUGGAGCGUAUGGGCGUCGCUGCAGGAGCUUCGCAACUACGAGACCAGCGACGCCCGUCGGCAGUUGGCCAGCCAGGCUGAGGAUUUCUUCUAUCCCAUGGCCUAUCCCAGAGGCGAGACUUGGAUCAAGCACUUUGAAAUCGUAUCGUCCAGCGGAGAGGGAACCGCAGAGGGAGCUUUCCUGAUGAUGGCUUGGGGCAAGCUUCGCCUCGGUUCCUGGGACCAGUACGAAGAUUACUACCGCAGCCAGGUGGAGCAGACCACUACUUCGGUGGAUGGCCUACGCAAACGCCUGCUCCUGCGUAGCACCGAGGACCCCGACGAAGGUCUGAGUCUCAGCGUCUGGGAAAGCGAGGAGGCGCUCCUUCGCUAUGAGCGGAGCGACAUUCGCCGCAACAUGGCGCAGGAAGUCGAAAACCUGUACCGAGGCGAGUUCUGGGUGAAGCACUUCGAGGUCACUGACACCAACCAGUAA